AUGCAGGCACCCGUGGUGGUUAUGAACACCCAAACCCCCGGCGGGGAGCGCCAGUUUGGCCGCAAAGCGCAACUUUCCAACAUCACAGCCGCAAAGACCGUUGCAGACAUCAUCCGAUCAUGUCUGGGUCCCAAGGCCAUGCUCAAGAUGCUGCUCGAUCCCAUGGGCGGCAUCGUCCUGACUAACGACGGCCACGCCAUUCUGCGAGAGAUCGAAGUCGCGCACCCCGCAGCAAAGAGCAUGAUCGAGCUGAGUCGAACACAAGAUGAGGAGGUCGGCGAUGGUACCACUACCGUCAUUAUAUUAGCUGGCGAAAUGCUCGCCCAGGCUUUGCCCCAGCUCGAGCGCAACAUCCACCCAGUUGUUAUCAUUCAGGCCUACAAGCGCGCUCUGGCAGAUGCCCUCGAGAUCAUCGACGAGGUCUCGGUGGAUGUCGACAUUGACGAUGACCAAGCCAUGUACCAACUCAUCAACGCGUCGAUCGGCACAAAAUUUGUUUCGCGGUGGUCGGAGCUGAUGUGCAGCUUGGCAUUGAAGGCUGUACGAACAGUGUCACUGGACGCAGGAGGCGGCAAGAAGGAGGUGGAUAUCAAGCGUUAUGCGCGUAUCGAAAAAAUUCCAGGAGGCGAGAUCGAGGAUAGUCAGGUGCUGGACGGAGUCAUGCUCAACAAGGAUAUCACACAUCCCAAGAUGAGGCGAAGGAUAGAGAACCCCAAAGUCCUGCUUCUCGAUUGCCCGCUAGAAUACAAGAAGGGCGAGAGUCAGACUAACAUCGAGAUCAGUAAGGAGGAAGACUGGAACCGCAUAUUGCAAAUUGAGGAGGAACAAGUGAAGGCGAUGUGCGACGCCAUCAUUGCGCUCAAGCCUGAUCUUGUCAUCACCGAGAAGGGCGUCAGUGACCUCGCCCAGCACUACCUUGUUAAGAACGAUAUCACCGCCAUCCGACGAGUUCGCAAGACUGACAACAACCGUGUCGCACGAGCCACCGGCGCUACGAUUGUAAACUCGGUCUUCUCCGCAGCUGCCUCCGACGUUGGCACCCAUUGUGGCCUCUUCGAAAUUUCAAAGAUCGGCGACGAAUACUUUACCUUCCUCACCAAGUGCAAAGACCCGAAGGCAUGCACAGUAUUGCUACGCGGUCCCUCCAAGGAUAUUCUCAACGAGAUCGAGCGCAACCUGCACGAUGCGAUGGGUGUAGCGCGAAACGUCAUCUGGAAUCCCAAGCUCUGCCCAGGAGGUGGAGCAACAGAGAUGGCCGUCGCAGUAGGUCUGGAGCGGAGAGCAAAGCAGAUUGAGGGUGUUGCACAAUGGCCGUACAAGGCCGUCGCUGAAGCAAUGGAAGUCAUUCCCCGCACACUCAUCCAAAACUCUGGAAACAGCCCCAUCAAGGUGCUGACGCAGCUCCGUGCAAAGCACGCUGAAGGCUACGAGGAUGGUGAGCAAAAGGGGAGCUCGUGGGGUAUCGACGGUGACGCCGGAAAGGUCGUGGAUAUGCGACAAUUUGGCGUAUGGGAGCCCCUGGCCGUCAAGGAGCAGAGCGUCAAGACAGCCGUAGAGAGCGCGUGUCUGUUGUUGAGGGUGGAUGACAUUGUUGCAGCGAAGGCAGCGAAACAGGUAUCUGGACCCAUCGGAGGUGGUGACGAUUAG